AUGCCGAUAACACCAACCACAGGGACGGACACAACCCCUUUCCGUUCCCAGAAAAUCCAUCUGGACGGAAGGAAGGAGAAGCAAACUGAAAUGAUCCGCAAUCCCCAACUGACUGACUCACUGGCUGUCCCAUUCCCAAGAGUUCUUGGUCCGAAUAGUCCUGUCGCACUAGUGGUCGUCUGCUUGGCUUGGCUACAUCUCCGAUCUACAUCUGGGUUUUCCUCCUUGAAUUCAUGCACUGCGCCCCGGUAUUGGUGUAACUAUACGGGAUCUACUACUCCGUCGUACUGCGUACUACAGCAGUAUACUUACGCAUACUUAUGCACAAGCGUAACCAGCCAAGUAACUACUUAUGCAGGAAUGGGAAAAAGAUCGGUUCCAUCAUUCUUCUCAACAUUUUCCAAAUGGGACGAAGCCACGUCCUAUCUACCACUCCGGGGGAAAACGCACUGA